CUUUCUGGACUUUGUAGACCGGCAGCUCCACGGUAAAACACAUAUAAACCAGUGGAAAGAGCACUUACAUCGUCAGAAAGUUUAAAGAAAACGCACAUGUCCAUUGUGAUACGCGUAUAGUUUGGUGCGCAAUUACGCGCCUGGAAACUUAUUUAGUCAACUAUUUCGGGGGGGUUUUGUUUUGUUUUUGUUUUGUUGGUUGUGAAAUUAUAACGGAAUCAGUUGUGCGCGCCUUUUCAUAAUUAAACGUACUCGGAUAUCUAACAACAAAAGUUUUUGGACCACAGUCUUAUCUGAACCCAAGUUUCACCAUGGCAGAGGGGGAUUUCUACACUAUGGGCAACCGACAGAGAAUCCCAAGGGAUCCAUUUAGGGAACAGUCGCUCGCGUCGCGGUUUAUGGACGAUGAGUUUGGACUGUCACCCUUUCCCGACGACUUAUCCAUGGACUGGCCCGGCUGGGCUCGACCUCGAAUGAGCACCCGGCUCGACGCGCCGUGGACGGGCUCGUUGCGCACGGGCUUCCCGCGGACGGGCAUGGGCGCGCCGCAGAGCUUCAGCUCCAUGUACAGCGAGACCCCUCGCAGAGUCAGCGCGCCCCCGAACGACCCAGACGAGCCGUGGAAAGUGUGCGUGAACGUGCAGAGCUUCAAACCAGAGGAGCUUAAUAUCAAAACUAAAGACGGCUUUGUAGAGGUGUCAGGGAAACAUGAGGAAAUGCAAGACGAGGGUGGAGUUGUUACCAAAAACUUCACAAAGAAAAUUCAGAUCCCAACUGACGUAGACCCUAUGACUGUGUUUGCCUCUCUGUCUCCGGAGGGAGUUCUCAUCAUUGAAGCACGACAGACCCCUCCAUACUACCUCUAUAGCAAUGAAACACCCGCAGAAUCCAUGGAAGAACCAGAGGCUAAACCUCAGGAACCCAGCAUGGCCUAAACCCCAUUCUUUGAAUCACAGCACUGUCAGGGAGCAAACAGUGCCUCGCAUGCCCAUGGUUAUUUGUUCCAAGCAAGUGCCAUAGUUUGAUCAGUUUCAUACAUUUUCUUAAACAAAAAGUCAUUAAUUUGCUCCAAAACUAGUUAAAUGAGCUCCACAGUCCAUAUAUCAGGUGUUAUGUAAUAGAAAUGUAAUUAGAACUGAAAAACAAAUGUAAUAGAGCUACCAGUCAGGUGUUAAAUACAACCAGGUCUCAUAAAAACACAUUACUAUACCUACAUUUUUGCAAAAUGAUUGCUACGAGGCUCGUUUUACGCAUCACAGCAUUUUCCUGGUGAAAUCAACGCUAGAGGCGCACUUUUAUUACUUUUAUUCCCAAAAACACAAAUCACAAGUAAAACUGCAAAUUAGCAGUUCAUAAAUACUUGCUUUUUGCCCUGUUCCUCACACAGACACUUUUACUGAACUACAUGAUGAUGUAAGGUGAUACAUUUUAACGUAUGCAUUACAUUACCAACUGCAUUUACAAGAUUGUUGGAGAGUGAUCAAAUAGUGUCAUAGCUCAACUGAUAGUGUGAUGCACUUGCGAAGUAAAGAACUGGAGUACGAGUCCUGAAGAGCACGCGAGUCAACACUUUAAUCAAAAGUGUCAUAGAAGAACCACAAAAUUACAUGGUUGCUUCAGCAAUUAAAUUUUUCAUGUCACAUUUGCUUAUUAUUACACUAUCGGUUAGGUUAAAGGGAGGGGGUAGGUUUUGCUCAUUUAAAAAUGUUGCCACAGUCCCAUUAUUUCAAUUUUAAUUUAGGAGUUUAAAAGGAUAAUUCACCCAAAAAUGAAAAUUCUCUUAUCAUUUACUCACCCUCAUGCCAUCCUGGAAUGACACAUCUGAUAUGACUUUCUUUCUUCUGCUGAACAGAAAUUUUUAGAAGAUUUUUAGAAAAAUAUCUCAGCUCUGUAGGUCCAUACAAUGCAAGUGAAUCGUAUGAAGGCAGCAAAUCACUAAAGUCAUUUUUACUGUAAAUCUCCACUUUCAAUUUCUUCUUCUUUUGUUUUUGGCAAUUCGCAUUCUUUGUGCAUAUCGCCACCUACUGUGCAAGGAGGAGAAUUUAUAGUAAAAAAUAGACUUAAAUAUUGAUCUGUUUCUCACCCAUAUUAUUUGAUUAUAUAGCUUAAUAAAACAUGGAUUUAACCACUGGAGUCAAAUGGAUUAUUUUUAUGCUGCCUUUGCUUUUUGGACCUUCAAAGUUCUGGCCACCAUUUACUUGCAUUGUAUGGACCUACAGAGCUGAGAUAUUAUUCUAAAAAUAUUUGUUUGUGUGCAGCAAAAGAAAGAAAGUAACACAUAUCUUGGAUGGCAUUAGGGUGAGUAAAUGAUGAGAGAAUUUUCAUUUUUUUUUUUUUUUGUGAACUAUCCCUUUAAGGCCCAAAAUUAGGCACGAACAUACUCUGUAGAAGUACCUGAAUGUAGGCACAAAUGCUUGGACAACACAUUGCCAGAGUGCAUGCAUUUUGUACAUAUGUGCAUUAUUGUGCCGUUAACAUACCUCAGUACUCAAGGGGGAGGUAAUAGACUUCAAGUGUCUGUGUCAUUAAACUAGGUGCAUUAUUAUUUAGGUAACUUGUUGACAGUUUAUCUAACUUUAACUUGCUCAGCAAAAUUCUCACAAUUGUUGCUCUGCCAUGACAGUAGCUGGCCUGAAGGAGAAAACUGACCGUAAAACAAGACAAUUUACUGUAUGCAAUUGCCUGGUAUUGUUGAAACACUGUGAAUGCAACACAAAUUUGUGUUAUGAAUUGCUUUCUGACACAACAACAACACAUGAAAUCAAGCUAUCAUAGAUAUAAACGUUAGAGAUCACAUACUUGCGUAGGUUAUGUUUCAGGCCUAAGGCCUUCUUCUGAAGUUUUUCAGUUAAAAUAAACUUGUUUCGGCCCCUAAGUACAAAUGUAAUGUACAAAUUUAGAAAACUCUAUUUAAGUCAUCUAAAUAUUUGUCAUGCUGGACUUAAAGGUCUUCUCUGAAAACUGGGCCUGAAUACUGGAGCUCUUUCUCAAGGGUUAUGGAUUGUCUCUUUUCUGUUUUCUUUUUUGCGUGUUCUCUUUUUUCUUUUUGUGUAGGUAUGUAUGCUAUGCAUUUUUAUAAUAAAUGACAUUUACAAAUGCAAGCCUUUUAUUUUCUCUGCAGUUAGUAAAUUAAAUGCAUUACACAUAGAGGAUGUCAUUUUCUCUACUGUCAUACCUGUGUGUUUCUAUUCACCCAUA